CCACACCAAAAACUUAAAUAAGAAUCCAAAACCUCUCUCACCCACUUCUUCUAUUCACCCACACUCUUUCGAUUCCUCUCUCCCUUUCUCUUUCCUGUCAUGGAGAGCUCACCGGCCAUCCUCAACAAACCACCCCCGCCCUUCCCUGCGCCGCCUCGCAGCGUCGACUUCUCCGCCCUCGAGUUCAUCCUCGGCCUCCUAGCUGUCAUCACCGUUCCCGCCUUAAUCUACGCGGUCUUCUUCGCCAUCAAGUGCCCUCCCAACCUCUUCCGCCAUAGACCGCGCCGGAGCUCCACCACCUCAACCGCAGACCUGGCUCACACACGGCCAGAGGUUAUUUCCGACCUCAAGUACCAGAAGGACGCGCACGUCAAGGAAAUCGGGACCGAGUGCCCAGUUUGCUUAUCAGUCUUUGACGAUGGUGAAGAGGUGAGGCAGCUCAGUAUGUGUAAGCACUCGUUUCAUGGUACGUGCAUCAAUAUGUGGCUUAAGGAUCACUCGAAUUGCCCGAUUUGCCGCGCGAACAUCGCCGUCGAUCGGAGUAGUAGUAACAGCAGAACAGCGGCGUCCGGUAGAGAACAUCGGGAUGAUUUGCAACAAGGUCUGCCCGACGCUUCCGCCAUGGUUUGACACUGUUUAAACCUACCUUCUUCUUUCUCUCGCUUGUCUUCUUUUGGUUUUGUUGGGUUUGGUGGAUGAAGAUGAUGGAAACAUGUGAAGCUGGAUAUAUUAUUUUGUUUCUUUUUUAAUUAGCUUUGUAGUUUCAGAAACUUACCGACACAGUUGUAGCUAGUGAAUGUGAUUAGUUUUUACAUGAAGAAUUACUGGGUUUGAGCAAAUGCUGCAAUAAAUUAGUACUUAAUUAACUCUCGGUUCCCUAACUUGUGUUAGGAUUUGAGAUUUAUCAAAAAUAAAUGCUGAAAAUGUAAAAGAACAACGGAAAGAUUU